AUUGAUUGGCCCAUUCAGUCGCGUUGAAGCAGGAGACCGUGUGCAGACUCCCCUCCAGCAGCAGUGCGGAGCAAAACUGUGGCACCAGUCUGACUCAGUGAGUCGCUUUAAGACCAUCAGUGCCAUGGCACCAUCACAUCCUCCGGCCACUGGAUCCCCCGCAGUUUCCUAUUAGAGCCAGUGCGCCACUAGGGGAAUCAUUUUACGCCAAUAUCUACAAGCAGAACCCGACUGUGGAGAUUCUCUGUCCUCCUGUUGCGCCAUGGAGAACUCCAGCCUGCUGGGCGGCAGGGCGCAAAAUGCUGCCCUGAUGGACUUUCUUUUGUCGGACACUUUGAUGCAAGUUGUGGACUCUCCAGAGGUCGGCGUCCUGGAUGGAUUAGGACUCGCCAGCGGUGCCAUGUUUCUUGAAGCAUCCAGGAAUGCCGCUGGAGCGGAGUUCAUGGCCGCUCCCCCGACGGAAUCCCCUCACCUGAUGCCUGCCUUCUGGGAUUCCCCGCUGAGCCACGGAAUCAAUGUAUUCGUGGGACUGGUCCUGUGCUUCACUAUGUUGGGGCUGGGCUGCACGGUGGAGGUGAGCCAGCUCGGGCAACACAUCCGCAGACCCAUCGGGGUGCUGCUGGCUCUGGUGUGUCAGUUCGUUAUCAUGCCCUUGGUGGCCUUUCUGUUGGCUUUAGCCUUCUCUCUGGAUGAUGUGGCAGCGAUGGCCGUUCUCCUGUGUGGCUGCUGUCCUGGAGGGAACUUAUCAAACAUUAUGUCUCUGCUGGUGCACGGAGAGAUGAAUCUAAGUAUCAUCAUGACCAUAUCUUCCACUCUGCUGGCGCUCGUUUUGAUGCCGCUCUGUCUGUGGAUCUACAGCCGGGCCUGGAUCAACACACCUGUGGUCAACCUCAUGCCCUUCGGGGCGAUCAUCCUGACCCUGUGUAGCACCCUCAUCCCUAUUGGUUUAGGAGUUCUGCUUCGGUACCGUUACACGCGUGUGGCCGACAUUGUUUUAAAGGCCUCUCUGUGGUCUCUGCUGGUCACCCUUGUGCUGCUGUUCAUCCUGACCGGAGCGAUGCUGGGGCCAGAGCUGCUCUCCACCAUCCCACCUUCUGUCUACGUGGUGGCCAUCCUGAUGCCUCUGUGUGGCUAUGCUGCAGGUUAUGGCCUGGCUGUGCUCUUUGACCUCCCUCCCAACAGCCGCAGGGCCGUCUCCCUGGAGACAGGGUGCCAGAAUGUGCAGCUCUGCACCGCCAUCCUCAAGCUGGCCUUCCCCCCUCAGCUGAUGGGGGGCAUGUACAUGUUCCCUCUGCUGUACGCCCUGUUCCAAGCAGCCGAGGCUGGCAUUUUCAUCCUGGUCUACAGGAUGUACAGGAAGAAUGUCCUGCACAAACCAGACCCCAUGGUGGACGGUGAGGACACGGACAUAACAUAUCAAAGGUUUGAGGAUGAGGACUUUGACGCGUCUUAUGGUGCGGUGACAGUGAGCGACCCAAACUCCAUCAUGCUGGACCCCUGUCCUCCUGAUCCUACUCCCGUUUAAUGUGCAAAUAAAAAAGAAUGAUGUAUGGGAGCAGAAUAAGAGCUGCAGGUGGAUUCAUCAUUUUGACUGCUGUCAUUCAUACGAGAAAAAAACUGGAAAACAGGGAGAAUAUGGGACACUAUGCAGGGAAAUCCAGAAUGUUUAUCAUCAGUAUGACUGAUUUAAAAGAGGUGCUUCAUGUCAUAAGCUUAAUUCAUUCAACCUAAACACUCAUGACUAUUGUAGAGAUAUAAAAAUACACCAUGUUUGGAAAUGCUGCUGGUACAUAUAGUCAAACUUACAUUAAUCAGUAAAUCACACAAUCAGAACAGUUUCAGUGCUCUAUGUGUGUGCGUGUGUGUGUGCGUGUGUGUGUGUGUUUGAGACUAAAAGUCAUGCCACAAACAUAUCAGCAUUGUGCAGAUUUCCAGACAAGCCUGUGCCAAACCAAUAUCUGUGCUCCACAGUCUGAACAAACUGUAUCAUAUGUGUAUAUUACAAACUGUAUCCAGAGAAAUUAAAGUGACUAAACUGAA